AUGUCUCUCGCCAGAGAAGAACCAAACCAUUUUGGUGCUGGGCCAGCUCAAUUGCCCACAAAAGUCUUGCAGCAAGCUGCUAAGGACCUGAUAAAUUAUAACGGUAUUGGCCUGGGCAUUGGGGAGAUUUCUCACCGUUCUAGCGAUGCCACAGAGGUAAUUGAAAGCGCCAAGGCUAAUUUGCGUAAGCUUCUGAAUGUUCCAGACACCCACGAGGUCUUUUUCAUGCAAGGGGGCGGUACCAAUGGGUUCUCGUCCCUAGCCACUAACCUAGCGGCAGCGCACGUUGGGAAAACCGGUUCUGCGGGCACAGCUGGAUACCUGGUGACAGGAUCAUGGUCAGCGAAAUCCCUUGAAGAGGCCCAAAGAUUGGGGAUUGAAGCGGAGUCGAUUUUCAAUGCCAAGGAUUUCAACAACGGCAAAUUCGGCGACAUCCCUUCGGAAUCUCUUUGGGCCGAGAAAUUAAAGUCCAAGGACUACUCGUAUGUGUACUUGUGUGAAAAUGAGACGGUGCACGGCGUUGAAUGGCCCAAGCUACCCCAGGCUCUCGUUAACUCAGGCAUUGAAAUAGCAGCCGAUUUGUCUAGUGACAUCUUGUCACGGGAAAUUGACGUUUCGCAAUAUGGUGUUAUUAUGGCUGGCGCCCAGAAGAAUAUUGGUCUUGCUGGAUUGACCUUGUAUAUUAUAAAAAAGUCGAUUCUUCAGGAUAUUUCUUCUGCGCCAAUUGACCAAUUGCGUAAACUUGGCGUGCCAAUCACCCCCAUCGCUUUUGAAUACCCAACCGUGGUUAAAAACAACUCUGCUUACAACACCAUCCCUAUAUUCACACUUCACAUUGUUGAUUUGGUGUUGCGCGAAAUUCUAGAAAAGGGCGGGUUGGCGGCUCAACAGAAGGAAAAUGAACUCAAGGCUCACCUGUUGUACGACGUAUUGGACAAGCAUUCAGACUUUUAUACUGUACCUGUUGCUGAAGGAUGCAGAUCAAAAAUGAAUGUUGUUUUCACUUUGAAAAAGGAUGGCUUGGAGAAGGACUUUUUACAAGGCGCGUCUGAACUUAAGUUGACCGGUUUGAAAGGGCACAGAUCUGUUGGUGGUUUCAGAGCUUCUCUUUACAACGCCGUUUCGGUCGAUAGCGCCAAGCUUUUAGCUCAGUAUGUCGAAAGUUUUGCCGCCAGGAACACUUGA